UGUGGCCCUGUUUGGGUAGCGGUGGCGUAAGCACAUCGGACGAGCCUGUGGCAAGUGCCUCCGCGGAUUGUAGUGAGGAAAGGAGAAGCCCAGCAAGCGUAUGCGGUUACACCUUGUACACAGAUGGCCGCGUGACUCGUAUCUUGUCUAUUAGGUACACAAAUUAACGUCUGAAGGUAUAUGCACGUAUAGGUAGAUGUACAUGAAUAUCUCGCCACAACGAAGGCUGACGGGGAAAUAUGUAAUCAAACCAACGAAAGGCAAGCAUCUUUAUGGCAGCACGUAGACAUACCGCCUGCUCCCGUAUAGACUGAGACUCGACGACUCGAGUGUGGAUUUUCAAGUUUGGAUUUACCAACAGGCAGCACCAAGGGGAAGCUACAAUUUUUAAAAGGAUAUAAUUUGAAAACGUGUCGUAUCUUGCCUAUUUUGAGGGAAUAUUGUUUUUAAAUAAUUAAUGGCAAUGAAGUGUAAUUUAAAGGUCGCUUGAGCAACGUUUGACAUAUUUUGGUUAGCUAUAGAGCUACAUGACAGGAAUAUACAUUAUAGGGCUUUAGCUAGCUUGCUAGCUGUCUGGUACCAGCUUGCCUAUAAUACAUCCGAACGGACGUCAACGAGAUGAUACAUUUAGAAUUUACCUGAGGAGAUUCACCUUUUACACUUUGAAGGAGGGAUUUAUCCAGAAAAGGAGGGAAGGGACACUAACUUCCCUCUCUCCCAGAGACUUGAAAGACUUUCCUUGGCCUGUGUUUGUGUGUAUAUAGGUUGGCUGAGGUGAAGCUUUAUUGAGGUACCCUCAGAAAGUGCAGGGGAAAGGCUAUGUACUUUAGGAGAUGGAGAGAAGGAAAGUAAGGACCGAAAGUUAGUGUUGGUCGGGUGGAGAAAAGAAGCACUGUGCUGCUUAUCCGUUACCUUUGUAAAGACUAAAGAAAGGAGAGAAGAGAGAAGGAGGGAGUUUAAUCUAGUGGCAGGGCCCAGUCGCGUAGUCACCAGAAACGCUGGAAGAACAGCAGCCAGAGAACCUAGAAGGUGGGUAAGAAGAGGACCACAAAAGAGAGGAGAGACGGGGACUGAAGGAGAACCAAAGGGUCGGAGGAGAGGACGGGGAGGAGGAGGCGGCGUAUCCCCAUGGCGACGGACCCUGGGGAACCCACAGGGACGGAGGACUCUUCGGAGAAACCUGUUGGCGCACGGGAGGAGGAGACGGACCAGGAGAGCAGCAGGAGGGAGAGGACGCACAGCACCCCCCCAGACUUCCCCUCCUCCCAGACCCAGGAGAGGAGAACCGCAGAGGGAGGGGAGACAGGAGGCGGCGGUGGAAGGGGUGGAGGGCCCGGAGAAACCAGGGACAGUAAGGAAGUGGAGCCCCUGGCGGUUAGACCCAUGUCUCUCUCCACACCCUCGUCCCCGGCUGCGACUGCGGCGGCUUCAAGGUCAGGGGGUCACGGGCCGAGACUGAGGAGAGAGAAACGUUUCUUCAGGAAGAGUGUGGAGAUCUGUGAGGAGGACGAUGUGGUAGCGGAUCCCCCAGUUGUCUCCCACUCCGCCCCCCACCUGGACUCAGUCAUCACUCUCGGUGGCGCACAGGCCGCUACCGCCGCCUCUGCAGCCCUGGGACAUGACACGGCCGACCACGACCCAUCCAGCCUCAGCUCCACCCAGGACCCCGGGGCCAAGGACGCCCCCUCUUCCGCCCCACCCCAGACGGGGAAGGAGCGAGACCGGGAGCAGGAGGAGGAGGCAGAGAUGAAGGCCGUGGCCACCUCGCCGGGGGGGAGGUUUCUGAAGUUUGACAUUGAGCUGGGGAGGGGUGCCUUCAAGACCGUUUAUAAAGGCCUGGACACUGAAACCUGGGUGGAGGUGGCCUGGUGCGAACUACAGGACCGUAAGCUGACCAAGGCGGAGCAGCAGCGUUUUAAGGAGGAGGCAGAGAUGCUGAAGGGCCUCCAGCACCCUAACAUUGUCCGUUUCUAUGACUCCUGGGAGUCAGUGCUGCGAGGGAAGAAGUGCAUCGUCCUGGUCACCGAACUCAUGACCUCGGGAACCCUCAAAACGUACCUGAAGCGCUUCAAGGUGAUGAAGCCCAAGGUCCUGAGGAGCUGGUGUCGUCAGAUCCUGAAGGGCCUCCAGUUCCUCCACACUCGGACCCCUCCCAUCAUCCACAGGGACCUCAAGUGUGACAACAUCUUCAUCACCGGCCCUACCGGCUCCGUCAAGAUCGGAGACCUGGGAUUGGCCACUCUCAUGAGGACCUCCUUCGCCAAAAGUGUCAUAGGUACCCCUGAGUUCAUGGCUCCAGAGAUGUACGAGGAACAUUAUGAUGAGUCUGUUGACGUCUAUGCCUUUGGGAUGUGCAUGUUGGAGAUGGCCACCUCAGAAUACCCCUACUCAGAGUGCCAGAACGCUGCGCAGAUCUACCGCAAAGUCACCAGCGGUAUAAAACCAGCCAGCUUCGAUAAAGUCAACGACCCAGAGAUCAAAGAGAUCAUUGGGUGCUGCAUCCGCCAGGACAAGAGUCAGAGGCUGUCCAUCCGGGACCUGUUGACCCAUGCGUUCUUCGGGGAGGACACCGGGGUGCGUGUGGAGCUGGCGGAGGAAGACACGGGCUGUCAGGACUGCCUGGCCCUCAGGAUCUGGGUGGAGGAGCCAAAGAAGCUGAAGGGAAAACACAAAGACAAUGAGGCCAUCGAGUUCAGCUACGACCUGGAGAACGACAGCGCAGAGGAGGUGGCUUCGGAGAUGGUGAAGUCAGGCUUCUUCCACGAGAGCGACGCUAAGGUGGUGGGUAAAUCCAUCCGUGACCGCGUCACGCUCAUCAAGAAGUCCCGUGAGAGACGCCAGCAGCAGCUGCUCCUACAGCAGCAAGGCUUUGAUGAGAGACGGGACUCCACCCUCACCUCCUCCACCUGCUCUCACCUCUCCUCCCUGGGGCCUGGGGUGGCUGUGCUGACAGGGGGAGGUGGGGGAGGAGGAGGGCAGGGUGAGGUUGAGGAGCUUCCAGAGGUGGAUCAGCAUGUGAGGCAACAGCAGCAGAUCCACAGUGGGAAUCCUCUGAGCCUGCCCACAGGAGGUGAGAGCAUUGGCUCAGCCAGCUGUGAAUCCUAUGCCAGUGGCCAGAGCCAGGCAUACCCUCAGCAAGGGGAGUCAUACGUGCUCUCUCAACCCAGACUCCCUGCUGCUGCCUCGGCAUUUUUGGCCCACCACGAAAUGCUCCCGAUUGGUCAGAGCGGAGGAGUUCCGAAUGUGCCUACUGGUCAGAGUGGUGGGAUUUCCGGCAUGUGCAUUGGUCAAAGCAGUGGUGGGGCACCUGUUGGUCAGCAGACUUAUGUUCAGCCUGUUGCUAUGGCAAUGCAAGUCUCACCAGGUGUACCACAGCAGUAUUCUCAGUCAUACCAUUCAGAUGGAUCACAGAUCGCACCAAUGGCUCCUUCCCAGUCCUGCGCACCCCCAGUUUCACCCCAAGCCCAGCUUAACAUUCUUCCAGCUCCCAUAUCAGUGGGAGACCCAACAGGACUAGUGGGAGUUGGUGACAUGGAGGCCAUGGUCCCUCUCCCACAACAGACCCAGGCCAAUGUCACUCCUAACAUCAUGCAGGCCUCUGACAUCCAGAUGACACCCCAGUCUUUAACCCAGCAAGCGCAACCUUUCAUGAUUACCCAACAGCAGACCAUUGUUCAACAACAGCAGAUACUGAUGGAGCCACAGCAGCAGCAAAUGGAGGCUCAACAAACCACCCUGCUUCAGCAGCAACAACCACACCAACAACAACAGGCCAAUGUAAUUCCCCAGAAGGCGGUACUGAUACAGCAACAUAUAGAACAACAGCAGCAGCAGACUAUAGCAAUCCAACAGCAGCAAACUACUGAGCUUCAGCAGCAAGUGUAUGUGCAGCAAGCUUUGGUUCAGCAGCAGCAGCAAAUGCAACAGCAUCCUCAGCAGCAGGCCUUACUACCACAACAACAAUCAAUGGACCACCACCAGCAGCAACAACAACAGGCAUCGUCAUUACAGCAAGUGGAUCAAACCCAAGCCUAUGUGCAACCACCGCUAAACGACCUACAACAGCAGCAACAACUGCAACAGCAGCAAACAUUGUUGCUACACCAACAGCACCAGAUUGAACAUCAGCAACAACAACAAGCGAUGUUACUAGAACAACAACAGCAAGUGUACAUACAACAGCAGCUUGAGCAACAGCAGCAACAGGCGUUGCUACAAAAGCAACAACAGGCACGGCUACAACAGCACCAACUGGAGCAACAGCAAGCGCUGUUACAACAGCAAAUAUUUGAGCAACAGCAGCAGCAAGCGAUGUUACAGCAGCAGCAACAAGAGCAGCAGCAAAAGCAAGCCUUAAAGCAACAGCAACAACAGGCGCAACUACAGCAACAACAGCUAGAGCAACAGCAAGCGCUGUUACAACAGCAGCAGUUCGAGCAACAGCAGCAGCAAGCGCUCCUACAGCAGCAACAACAACUGGAAGCUCACCAAGCGAGCCAGAUCCAACAACAACCGGAAAUGGAUCUACAACAGCAGCAACCACUGCAUCAACAACAGCAAGCUGUGCUGCAACAACCGACACAACUACAACAACAGGCGGUCGUCAGUCAUCCAAUCGACUCACAGCAAGCUAUGCUACAGCAACAGUUGGAACAACAGCAAGCCCUGCUACAACAGCAACAGCUUCAGCAGCAACGAGCAGUUUUACAGCAGCAGCAAUUGGAGCAACAGCAACAACAGGCACAACUGCAACAGCAGCUGGAGCUACAACAGCAGCAAGCUUUGUUACAACAACAGAUCGAGCAACAACAGCAACAGCAGGCGUUGCUACAACAACAACAAGCAGAGAGACUGCACCAACAGGCUUUGCUACAACAGCAGCAGCAACAGAUUCAACAACAGCAAGAGACUGGGGAAUCGCAGCAGCAAACCGCCAAUAUUCAAUUUCAACAAAGCGAGAAACAAGAGACCACUUUGAUUCAGCAACAAUGUGAGCAGUUGCAAGCUUUGAUUCAACAGCAACAAAUUGAUGUGUGUUUGUUGCAGCAACAACAACAACAGCAAAACACUGCUAUGUUUCCACCUAGUCACACUAGCCUAACGCAGCAGCAAGUGACAGAACAACAGCAAGUAACGCUGAUACAACAGCAGCAGCAGCAACAACCAGCUGUAUUACUGGAGCAACAACAACAAGCGUAUGUUGUCCAGCAACAACAGCAGGGCCAUCAGAGCUCUGUCGUUGAACCUCCUUCUCAGAUCCCCCUUGUUGCCCCAACCCUACCAGCAGCAGAGGUUAUACAGGCCAUGCAGGUCCAAGCUCAGAUGGCUGCCCAAGCCCAGGGUCAGGGAGCCAAACCUGUAGCCAUUCAGCCACAGAUUCCCAGCCAGGCUCCACUGGCUGUAGUGCAUGCCCAAGUCCUGGCCCAGAUUCAAGCUCAGAAUGAAGCUCACCCUCAGAGCCUGGGCCAUUUCCCAGUCCCAGUACUCCAGGCCCAGCCCCAGCCUCCACUCAAAGCCCAGCCCCAGAUGAUCGAGGUCCAGAUUCCACCUCACGUGGUGGCCCCGAUCCAGGCACCAAGUCCUCCGAUCCCUAUCCAGUCCCAGGCUCCUAUAGUACAGGCUAUCCAUCAAAUCCCAGCUCAAAUACAGGCCCAGGCUCCAGUGCAGUCACUCAUCCAGCAGACUCCCAAGCCUCUGCAUCCAACCCAAGCUUUGAAUCCAAUUCCAGCAGUUGUUGAGACUCAGAUGAUGCCUCCUAUGAGGCAGAGUCCAGCUCUGGUCCAACCCCAACCUCCAGUCUCAAUAACCACCAUGCACAGCCAGAUCCAAGCCCAACCCCAGCACGAGUCUCCAGUGCAGCCCAGUGUUCAGCUCCCAGGUCUAGCGCAGCCUCAACACCGCCCCCAUGCUCCAGCUGUACUACUGGCACCCCAGUAUGUCACUUCACCUCAGCCCACCCAACAGCAAGCCAUACAGCCAGUCCUGCAACAACAACAUCAGGACAUCACACAACAAGUUACCCAGCAACAACAGCAGUCCAUGGUGCAGUACCAGCAGAUGAUGCUGUCUCCUGGAUCUGUUGGUGUUGGAACUGUCAUGGCGGCCCCUGCCUCCACAGUCAUAGACCCUACCACCUUGGUCUCUGCUUCGCCUCAACACAUACAACAACAGACUGGUCAAGUGUAUAACCAAGGCCAGCAGGUACAGCUACAACCACAGGUACAGCUACAGCCUGUCCCACAGCCACAACAGCAGCAGCUGCAAGUAACAGGAAGCCCAGCUGUGGUGCAGCCGUUAAACCAACCCUUACCUCAGGCCCAGUCUAAAGCUAUGCUGCCUCAACCCAUUCCCAUGGAGCAAUACCAACAGCAACAGCUGGUGCAACAGGUUCCACAAGUCGUACAACAGACACUCCCACAGCAGCUUCAGUCUCAGACAACCCCAGCCCCAAUUCAACAGGCUCUGCAGUCUCAGCAUCAGCAGGUCUCAAAUCCCGACCCAUGUCAACUGGGUUAUCAGCUUCCUCAGAUCCCCCCACAUCUGUUGCCCCAGCAGCCUACUGUUAACCCAGCACAGACAGCAUCCCCAAGAAACGUGCCCCAGCUCGGGUCUCAGACUAGAGCCCUACCCUUGUACAGUCAGGUAGUAGCAGGAGCAGGAGGUCUGCCACCAUCCCCCCAGCACCAAGCUCAGCUGACACAGCCGCUACCCACGCACACAGACACCCAGAUGGCCAUGCAAGCUCAGGCACACACCCAGACACUGGCCCAAGCGCAGGCCCAUGCCCACACCCAGACCCAGCUUGCUGAGGCUGCAUUGGCGGACUCCACCACCGAGCAACAGCCCCCUCUGAAUCCUUCCCAGGCAACUUCCUUCCCUCUUCCACAGAUGCCCCCCAGUCCUUCUCAUACAUCGUCUCACCCCCACCCUGCCUCCCUGCCACCCCUCCAUCCUGCUACUCCUGGCCCAGAGACCCAGCCCACCCCACCAGAGAGCCAACUAACCCUGUCUGGCCUGGCUGAUGUCCCCUCGGGCCUGACCUCUCCCCCGGCUGUUGCCGCCACUGCCCAGCCCCUUGACUCUAACGCCCCCUCGCUGCUGCACCCCACCUCAACCUCACUCCAAGACUGUGACCCUGCUCUGCUGGGCAUUGCUCAGGAGAGUCCAAACCAGUCUGGCACAGAGAGACACUCCUCUUCAGGUGCUGUUCCAUCUGAUGGGGAUCUACAGAUGUUGUUAGCCAAUGGAAAACUAGAGAGGGUGAAGUCUCAGAGGAGAUUGUCCUAUCGGGGGGCAGAAAAGGGAUCCCAUGCAUUUCAACUGAGUAUGAUCCAGGUGUCCGGCACUGGUGACAACAUGGUGGAGUGUCAGCUGGAAACCCACAGCAACAAGAUGGUCACCUUUAAGUUCGACACAGAGGGAGACGCACCUGAAGACAUCGCAGAUUAUAUGGUGGAGGAGGAUUUUGUCCUUGAGUCAGAGAAAGAUACAUUUGUGGAAGAGCUGAGGUCCAUUGUCAAGAGAGCUCAGGAAAUUCUCCUCACACAUCAACAGACUGGAUCUAUGGAACAGCUGCAUGUGAGCACUCCAACAGGCACAGCAAUGGACUGGGCGCCUCAGUCGUCUCCGGUGGGCAGAUGGAGGUUCUUCAUCAACCAGACCAUCAGACACAGAGACUCCACGUCCAACCAGGGAGGAGCGUCCACCCCUCCACCUCUCUCGACCGGAGAGGUCAGGGUGCCCCAGUCUACAGACACUGACAGAGAGGGGGGCAGAGGAUCCCAGAGAUCGGACUCCUCCUUCGCUGGAAUGGUCUCCUCUCCUCCUCCCCGCUCCACGUCCACCCUGUGUGUCCCUGCCACCGCCUCCUCCCCCCCUGCCUCCGCCUCUACCGUUUCUGCCCCUGCCUCCAUGUCUGCCCCCCCAGCCCCUGCUGCCCCCGCUCCUGACACGACGGCCUCUGCUGCCUCUGACAGUAGGGUUUCCGCCCUGACUUCUAGUCUCGCUAGUGCAGUUGUUGCCUCAGUCCCACACCCAGUCCCCGCUGCCUCGGCUAGGCUAGGCCUAGACCUGCAGGCUUCCAUUAACCAAACUUCCAGUGCCACCACAGCAACAUCCUCCAUCCCAACCACCGCUGCCAACCUCCCAAUCACUUCCAUGGUAGCUGCUUCUGCCACCAUCGCGCCCACUACCACCCCCUCUCCAACUGAAGCUCUGACCUCCCCAGCUACGAGUAGGGGCUCUAUGGUGAGCCAGGGCGAAGGACCAAGCCUGGGUGAUGUAGUAAAGGUGGCCACCCUAGGACAGUGUGUGUCUGGAGGGGACCACUCAUCCACUGGCUCAAUCCACCCACCAGUGGCUGUGGCUGCAGCCGUGGCCUCUCCUCCUGUUAGCCGUGCCGGUCUGGAGCAGCAGCAACACAUUCUGCCUCAGAUGCAGUGCACGGCAGCCCAGGUUCAGCCUCAGGUCCAGUUACAACAGCAACUCCAGACAGUGCAACAGGUACAGCAGCAGCAACCGCUCCUAGAACAUCAGCAACAACAACACCUGAAGACUGUGCAACUCCAACAGGUACAGAAACAACAGCAAGAGUACCAAGAGCAGAUACAACUGCAGCAGCAGAAGCAGCAACACGCGUUGCAACAAUCUAUUCAACAGUUGCAGAUGCUGCAACAACAUCAGCAGCAGUCUGAGGUACAUUUGCAUCCCCAGCUCAGUCACACAGAGCCGUUACAACAACAGUGUAUGUCCCUGCAAUCACAGACAGAGAUGUUGCCGCUGGCACUACAACUACAGACUCAGCAAAUGCCUGUCCAAAUGCAGAACGCACAGUACAACACACAGUUACACAUGCAACAGCUACACCAGUUGCCACCACCACAGCAAAAACAACCAGUCAUUUCACAGCAACAGGCAGUGAUUGAAUUGCAGCCACAGCAUCAGCAACAGUUAACUCUGCAACAAGCACUGCAUAUUCAGCAGCAACAGCAAAUGCUCCAACAGCAACAACAACAGCAACAACAGCAGCAACAGCAGCAGCAGCAACAGCAGCUGUCAGUGAACCAACAGUAUGUCCAACAACAAUCAGUACAGCCACUAAACAUGGCGCUGGUACAACAGCAGGCUCAACAACUCCCUCUAGAACAGACACAACAACUAGUACAGCAACAGCAGCAACAACAAAAACAACAAGAGGUUAACCCUCAGCAGCAGCAGGUGCCCCAGCAGGCUCCUCCCCAGAAGCAGACGUCAUUACAACAGUCAGAGUGGAAGAGGUCUACAGAGGAGGACAGUGUGACAGAGGAUAUAGGCAGUCACUCUGCCCCUCUACAUCCCUCCUCAGACUUAUCUCUGCCCCUCAACAUUAACACAACCUCCGAUGCCCCCUUACCGCCCCUCUCCCUCACCCUGACCCCAUCCCCAGUCCAACCAUCCUCUGUGGCCGAGUCGGACAGCGAGGGCCCUCCCAAAAUCGAGUUUGUAGACAACCGCAUUAAGACUCUGGAUGAAAAGCUGAGGAACUUGUUGUAUCAGGAGUAUAGUAGUGGGGCAGCUGUGACGGGGGGAGCUGCUGUGGCUUCUACCGCAGGUGCCACCGCAGUGUCAGCAGCCUCCACAUCGGCAGGAGGGGAUGAAUCCUCGGAGCCGCACUCGCUCCAACCCUCCUCCUUCCCUCCUCCCGUGUUGUCAUCCUCAGACACCUCUCCUCACUCUUCCUCCUCCACCACCUCCCGCUCCUCCUCCUCCUCCACCUCUCCUGACCUGGAAAGGGGGAGAGGAGUGGGGGAGGAGGCUCCACCAGCAAGCCCGGUGGAGCAGCAGCCCGGCCCGUCUCUCUCCUCCGCCUCCCUCGCUUCCUCCCUCCUUGCCUCCCCACACGGAGACUCGGCCGGGCCCCCGCCUAUCCCUGGAGAACCCACUGUUUUUGCUGCCCCCCCUCACUCUGACACCAGUACCCCAGGAGAAGUCACUACGUGGCCCGCAAAUCUGCACCCCGUCCCCCUGGGCCCUGGAUCGCCGCCACAGCACAAUGCAGGAGGUGGAUAUUUUGGCCUAAACCUGACAUGUCCUAGUAUCAGAAAUCCCGUUAGCAAGAAAUCCUGGACUCGCAAAUUCAAAAGCUGGGCUUGCAAACUGCGCCACUCCGCCAGCUUGUUCAAGAAGCCCAGAGUCCAGCAAGACGGUCACUUUAGUGGCAGUCAGGCAGUCAGAGAGGAGAGAGAGGGGGCUUCCUCCAACCCUCCCCACUCACUCAAGGGACGAUUUCAGGUCACCCCAGUGCCCCAGCCCCCUGAGGCCUCUCCCCCCAAGGAGGCAGCCUGUGGUACGGGCAGCAGCCACAGGAAUGUGGGGCGCUUCUCUGUGACCCAGAUGGAGAACCAGAAAGAGGAGAAAGAACUGACGGACAGCUCCCCUGUGUCUCCUGACCUGGAGAGAGAGAGGAGGAGGACCCGAGGGAAGGAGGGAGAGAGGGAGGAGGGGAAGAGGACUCCAGCACUGAGCCACCCACCCCGAGGACAUGGUCACGGGCAUGGUCAUUCUCCCCUGGGCAGUAGUGAUGAUGAGGAGAGUGAGAUGGAGGAUGAAGACCUGAGGAAGGAGCUGCACACGCUGAGAGAGAAGCACAUCAAGGAGGUGGUGUCCCUCCACGCUCAGCAGAACAGAGAGCUCCAGGAGCUGUACAGACAGCUGCGCUCCCUCAAAGACCACCGGCAGACCCUGCCCCGCACCCCACCCUUCCCCUCAGGGUCCCCAGCCCUCUCCCCCCGCAGGCACAGGCCGGCCAAAGCCAAGCUCCGACCCAGACCCCACUCACACAUGGACAACAAUGGACUCGCUGGUCACCCCGGUAUACAACAGUCCAGUAGUUUCUCAGGGGGAGAACAGAGAAAACUGCCGCCAUACUGCAACCCAGAACAAAUCACCCUACUGACUACCAAAAGAGACCACAGUCCUCCCUCCCAGGGUGCCAGAAAGAGCAUGUUCACAGAUGACUUGCACAGACUGGUGGAUGAUUGGACGAAGGAGACAGUGGGUCCCGCCGCCCCCAAGCCCUCGCUCAAUCAGAUCAAGCAGAUUCAGCAGGUGCAGGAGUUGGGAGGGUGGCCACAGGCCACAGAGGUGGCUCCUCCUGGUUGGUUCCCUGUGGCACCACUGAACCCCCAGGCCUCCCCAGCCCCCUCCAGCCUCACUGCUCCAGCCCCAGCUCAGUACACCACUGGGGGGAGCCAGUGGAGUGGGGUGGGGGGACCACCAGGACCACAACAACAACAAACACACAUGCCUCCAGUCCCUCAGCUGCAUCAAAGUUUACACCUCCAGCAAGCCCAGCCUACUCACCCAUUACAGAUACAACCCCUAAUCCAGACUCCACUACUGUCUCAGUCCCUGUCUCCCGUAGAGCCACAGACAGGGCAACAACAGAUACCCCAGCAGCCCCAUUUAGGUGUAGGAACCCCACCCCCGAAUCAGAAUAAACCUCUGUUGCCUUCCCAGGUGUCUAGCAACAAUGCGGUAGUGGAGCCCAUAGACACUGGCGCUGCUCCUGCUGCUUCUGCCCCCGGUGGCUCCGGGGGGACAUUGUGCUUCUGCUCCUCCUCCUCUUCCUCCUGCUCCUCCUCCUGCUCUGCUGCUGCUCGACCAUCCAGUGCCAAACUUCACCCCACGCCCCCAACCUCCACUCUUCCUCUGGGACAGCAGUAAAAAGAAAAUGAGAGGGGGGAAGAGUGAGUUAGAUUAGGAUGGAACAAGGGAAGUAGAAAAAAAGAUGGAGAUGAUGGAUGUGUAAAAUCCACGUGGAAAGUUUGAGAGUGUGUAUGUUAUGAGAGGUAACGUCUGACAAUGAGAAAAUGGACGCCAUUAUAUUUGUAAAGAUGAGAUGGGAAGUGAAUGUGAGAGAUGGUUGAGUCUAUGUAGACAGAAUAUGUACAGACAGAGGGCAAUAUGGAACUCUUGGGGGGAGGGGGGGGGGGGGGGGGGUCAUGAUAUUGGUGUGUUUGAGAUGUACAAAAUUAGGUAAUGUGUGUGUGUGUGUGUGUGUGUGUGUGUGUGUUUGUGUUGCCAUUGAUUUCCUCAGUACAUAUUCCUUGUGUAUUUUGACACCAAGUAACAGUCAUGUUAUUUUUAAAAUCCAACUAAGUUUGACCCAGAACUCUUCCUCCCAAGCUGAGACAUGAAGGAACAGAAAACAUUGACAUAUUUUUUUGUUGUUUUUAUUUGUCAAUGCUUACUUAUAUCGAAAAGGACUAUGAAUUGUAAAAGUGCAAUUAGUAACUGUCAUCUAAAUUGUAUCAUCCUGUGAUGUCAUGAUUUGUCUGUGGUGGCGUUUAACCAAAUAAUUUUGUAGAAGCACGUUGACAACAACCAACCAAACAUUUACGCAUUAACUGACAUCUUACAUGAGUAUAGCACAAAUGUUUCAACAGGAUACCAAUGAGAUAUAAAGCAGGUGCAACAACAGCAUGUUACAGUAACACCACAGAGCAUGGUAAUAGUGGUGCUACCUGGCUAUUAUCACUACCACAAUUCCACUAAGCACACUGUUGUACAGUCUAGUGCACGGGCAAGGCAUGUACUUCGUGGAUUAUAAUUUUUUACAUUGAUAAAUGUGUGUCAAUCAGUAGAUUAAAAAAGAUUUUAAAUGACAUGUUGAGUAACAUGAUUAAAUUGUGAUCAAUAUAUGAAUAUGUUCAGUGAGCUUUCAUUGAAUAAACACUCAUCAAAACACUAAGACUGCAUGACCUUACGGCUACAAUGUACCUUGACUUGCCUGCAAUCUGCUUGCACUUGUGCUUAUAUUUCUCACGUCUGCUGUUGGGCACAACAACAAACUCUGAGGUAAUUUAUUGAUCAGAAAUAAAUCUGUUUUAUUUGAGCUAGAAUCAAUUUGUUUUAGGGAAAUAUUGAAAUUCCUCAAUACCAAUUGCUACACUGCAUAUCAAAGGUGUCAUACAAGGAAAACUGAUAAGAAAACAAACUGCCAAGUAAUUUUAUGGAAUGGGGAAACCAACUAUAUGGGCUGUCCUCAUAUUGCCUUUUAGAAUGAAUACUUUACUGUGUGUGUGUGUGACAGUUUUAUUUUGUGUGACAAAAGCUUUGUAAUAUUGCUGCACUGCAUCACAAAUCGAAUCCCCACUACUUCCAUAAAAGCAGACUAACAUUAGUUGUUACUGUACCAGAUUGUUUACCUAUAGAGCCCAUCAUGUAUUGGUUCUGUCUCUCCUCAAGACGUCAAAGAAGUCAGUUAAGUGAGUGGCCCUCGGACCCAUAAAGUCCAUAGUGAUACAGUGCGUCCCAAAUGGCACCCUAAUCUUGUAAAGUAGGGUACCAUUUGGGACAUGACUUUACGGCUCCCGAGUGGCGCAUCUCUGUGCCAGAGGCGACACUACAUACACCCUGGUUCGAAUCCAGACUGUAUCACAACCGGCCGUGAUUGGGAGUCCCAUAAGGCGGCGCACAAUUGGCCCAGCGUGUCAUUGUAAAUAAGAAUUUGUUCUUAACUGACUUGCCUAGUUAAAUAAAGGUUCAAUUCAAAAAGUGUCAUUGAAAAAAAAUGGUUUGUUAGACAGCAUUGUGAGAGCCUUUUUCUGGAUUUAAGUAUUAGUGAACAUUUUUGUCCUUAACAAGUUGUUUUACGUGUGAAUUACUCUUUUGUAAAUUCGACUAGAAGGAUCUUUAACAGAUCUGCAUGCACACAGCAAAAGGUUUACUGACUUCCAUUUCUCAACUUACUCCAGUGAGUGACAGGGAUGCACAUGGACAAUGAGAUACAGUACAAUCAUCAUUGCAUUUAGCUAUACAUAUACAUUUGACCAUUGAUAAAUACAUUUUCUGAAAGCUUACUUGGUACUAUAAGUUUUAUAGUUAAAUCAGUAUUUCUGUUUUUAUUUAAAUGUAUAAUGAUAGAGAGUUUUUCCCACAGCAAAGGGGAGAUGGUAGAGCAUAUGUGAAAGACUGCUUCAUAGUGAGCUGAAAACUCACUAAAACUAAUGAAAGUGGAAGGAGGAAAAACAAAACAUUCAUUUUGGGGAGCUAAAACAGUUGGUGCUUAUAGUUGUUCACAAACUUAACACUUUAUCAAUUGCAUAUGAAUAUAUAGUUUAACAUAAUGGUUUUCAGUAUUUAUGUUUUAUUUUUAUGAGACAACCCACAUUUUCACAGUAAAAUAGUUUAAUAUUAUUAGUGGAGGGGAGGAAGUUACUGUGCUGUCAAGUCAAUACUAACAUGUUGACUAUAUGUCACAGCUUUGAUGAUAUUCAUGAAAAGGAAAUGUGGAACUCGCCCUGAUGUGUUACCAAAAUGUAAUCUAAAGGAAAAAAAUAUUAUUUUUGUAUUUUGAAAUGGGGUUGUACAAAAUGUAAAAUCGUGUUCUUCUGAUCAGUAUUUUAAAAUAUAUCUGAGGUUAUCUGACACUAGAAAACGUUGCUUCUCAUCUCUGUUGGAGUCCCCCCAGGAUAUAUUAUAUUCCUCUCAGACUUUGUGUUGAAACAGAGUAAUAGCUACAUCAUGUUUCAAUUGUGAGAGGUUUUGUCAGUAUGGUUCUAAUCAUAGAGAUAUACUGUAUCAACUUGUUUUUAUCUCUACGGAAACUUGAUUCACUGGACAAACAAUGAAACCUAGGCCUAGACUACCUUUAGGCCAUUGGGCUCAUCUAACACACACUUGUCCUGAUAUUACACCUGACUGAGAACCAAUGAUUUAGAAGGACAUUUAAAUACAAAAACCUAUAAAUAAAACGUAUGUUUCUGGUGAUUUAACCUCUGUAAUAUUGUAACUAAUUCAAUUGUUGAUUUUAUUUAUGUUUUUGUAACUAAUCAAAAUAAAUGGUGUUAAACAUCAAA